AUGGCCCCCAAACCGGAGCGUACCAUUACCGACUUUUUCAAACCAUUCGCCCAGCCAAAAUUCAAGCGCAUAAUUGCUGGAGAAGGAAGGAGCGCGUCGGAGCCCCAAAACGCGCCUGCCGUAGCCACUAAGGUGCAGCAACAACAACAACAGCAACAGCAGAGUGCAAAGUCUCGUUUCUCCAUGCCACCCACCAGGUCCGCUUCUUCGAACCCUCGGAAGAUUCAGGUCUUGCCUUCCAAGGAGACAAAAAUAGACGAUCCCAUUCCUACGCCAAUACCUUCGAGCCCACCUGUGUACCAUGCACCCACUUCACGCAUCCCACGAGAGCUGAGCCCUCUCACGUCGCCAGAGUCUAGCCCUAGCCCUCCUUCGCCUCCGCCGACCGUCCUCAAAAAGCAGCCAACCAUGGAUCCCUCCGUGUCUUCUUCGUCUCUGUCAAGCCUUCCGAUCAGCUCGCAAUCUUCUAGUAAACGCAUCAUUCGAGACGGCAUGUUGGCUGUGACAAACUCGGAUUCCGACAGCAUUGAUGCUGAUUCAGACCCCUUGGACGACAUCGACGAAUUGAUCCGACGAAAACGCCUGAAGAUGACCCCACCUGCUACGUCUUCAGAGACCCCACAACGUCCUUCCAAUUCUGUGCGUGAGCUGAGGAGCUCCACUCGUCGCGACAGGCCGUCCAUUAGCAAGUCCAAGUUGGCUCAACCUUCUCGAAAGAAUUACAAGUUCAGCAUGGCUUCCCUGGUCGCCUCUCACAACAGAGAUGCCAAAUCUAUCCAGAAGAUCCAAGAGUACGAGGCCGAAUAUAAACAAGAAAUGGAUUUGACAGCACGUCAAGAACAUGAGCUCAGGCAGACGUCUGACAUGAAUGCUGAGGAGUUCGCCGCGCAUCUGCAGGCAGAUGACGGCGACGAUGAGACGAGAGAGCGUGUCGUGCGAGCCAUUGAACGCAACGAUCUGCUGGAAAAGAAUGUUCAGUAUCCUUUCUUCAGACAUGCCGACCCUAGAACACACCUGUCCAAGCCGUUUCCCGACACAACUCUCUCUACACAGCAUUGGACAAGCUUGCUCCAGGACCAAAGUAUGAGGGAAGAAUCAUUCAAAAGUGGAUUCGUGGCAGAUAUGGCUCGCGUAUCUGCCCUGCCUGACGAGCUUGUUCAGUGGAUGCUGUCCGAACUACUCCAAGACCUCGAGGGCGGCUUAGCUAGUGCCUACGUGAGCGCGUUAGAGCACUCGUUUUCUAACACUUCGUUUACGACCGACCACCUACGUAGACAGUUUCUUCUGCGAGCAGGCAGAGAGGAUCUCGAGCCAGAUCUGUUUUUCAACAUGUCAUCAAGGCCUCCUCCUCCUGCUCAUCAAAGACCUUACGUAGAGGACAUGCCUCUGAGCCUCAAUUGGGUGUGUGUGCUCUUGAUGAGACUUGCGACCAGACUGCCUAUCGCUGAAAGGAGGAGCUGGCUCACUCCAUUGAUGCUCUUACUUGUGGACCCGCAACUAGAACAGAAGGCAGAAACCCAACUAGCACUUCAAAGUUGCAUUGCAAACUUGCUCGAAGCCGANUCUCACACCUUCUGUUCACAUAGCAACGGUAUGUCUACACUGCAGCUACAAGCUCAUCCUCAAGCUCGUACUUAUUUCUAUUUCAAGGUCGAACACAUUGGACAGCGCAUUCGCGCACACAUCCCGAACCCUAUCCUGAUACAACAUCUGAUCGGGUCCCUCCCCUCGUCUACGAGCGCAUCGCAUAAUUUUAAGCGGCGUCUAGGUUUGGCAUCAUUCCUCAAGUCCAACGCGUAUCUCAAUGACGACCUCGAUGACCUGGUGACCAUGAAAACGUUGACGCUAUACCUUCAAGAGAACAGAGCGUUCAAGAUUAGGGACAACACCGACUUUCAGAAAUUGGCAGCUCGGUUUAACACACUGAACGUAGCUAUUGGACUUGGAUUCUCAAGGUUCGAGUUCCGCAGUGAAGAAGCGGCAAAGAAAACCGAUAACACAAUCAACACAGCCACGGCGACCAACAAAUUACCAGUGUCGGAGGAAGAAAGCAACUUCAACUCGGGCAUAGACGGAUUAGUGGCAGAACUACGGUCGAUAGCGUUCAACAUUCGAGACUCUGGUGCGGCGCACAUGCGAAGAACCGAGUGCAAGACGGCGAUCGAGAAGCUGUCGUACAGACUCGAGUUCGCAGCAAGGACCAGGCCGAAGCCCAAGAAAGGAAUAUUCGGAGCGGCCGAGGGCACAAGCGACAUGAUUAGAAGCUUUGUCGCAAGACGUGAGCAGGACACGGCUAUGGGGAAUGGGAUCGACAUCAGCAGCGAUGCUGUUUAG